AUGCUUGACAAUCCCCUCGCAAUCACAACCUCGUCCUUGGGUCUUCAUCCUUCACAUACACUCCCGGAGAAAAUCCAUGCUGCUGCCUCUGCAUCGUUUUCUGCGAUAGAAAUCAUCUACAAGGAACUCGAAGACUAUGCGCUCUCCCAAGAACCAGCCUUGAGCAUAAGUGACGCUGCACAGGUCAUUGCGAAAUUAUGCUCGUCUGAAAACCUGGCGGUGUUAUCGUUAAACCCUUUCAAGAAUUUCGAGGGUCAUAAUUCGCCUCUAGAAAAUCGACUCGAGUCUGCGCGAAACUGGAUCGAGAUUGCGGCGUGCUUGGGAGCAAAGUACUUGCAAGUGCCAUCCCAAUUUGACGCAGCAAACAGUUCCGGAGACUGGCCACGUAUGGUGGCCGAUUUGCGUGAGCUAAGCGCCUUGGCAGCUUCAUACUCUGUUAGCAUCGCCUACGAAGCUGUGGCCUGGGGUACUUAUAUCAACACUUGGGAGGAAUCCCUCCGUAUGGUCCAGGAUGUGGGCCGAGUCAACUUUGGCCUUUGUCUGGACAGCUUUCACGUUGCUGCUCGAGUGUGGGGGGAUGUCACGGUCAAGAGUGGCAUGCGUCAAGAUGCAGAUCCAGCUCUGAAAAAGUCCCUUGAUCGAUUCGUUGAAACAUGCCCACUGGAUAAGAUAUUCUAUAUGCAGCUCUCAGACGGCGAGAGAUUCUUGCCUCCAUUAACGUCAGAGCAUCGUUUCUAUUCGAAAGAUCUACCCCCAUCUAUAUGUUGGUCACGAAACAUGCGGCCAUUUCCGCUUGAAGAGGAGCUAGGGGCGUACCUUCCUGUCACAGCUAUCUCUUACGCAUGGCUGAAAAUAAAAGGCUGGAAGGGUGUAGUGUCAUUGGAAAUCUUUGACUGGAGAAUGAGAGAAAAUGAAUCGCCCCGGCCGAAUGAAAAUGUACAGCGAGCAGUGGAGUCUCUGCAAAAACUAACGACAGCCUUGGAGAAAUAUGAAUAG